AAGCAAGCCAGGGAGGAGGGAGCGGCCAUGGCGUCCGCCGCCCGCCUGGCGGUCGUCGCCGUUGUGCUAGCGGGCUCGGCGUUCACCGUUGCCGCGGCAGCCGCCACCACGCACUUUCCUAACCCGACGGCCCAGGAGGAAAAGGAUCCCGAGUUCUGGUACCGUUUGAACCGCGAGGCCCUUCAGCAGCGCCUGAAAACCGAGAAGUUCGAAGGCCGCGCCAACAACGUGAUCUUGUUCAUCGGUGACGGCAUGGGCAUCUCCACCAUCACGGCGGCUCGCGUGUUCAAGGGACAGCUGACCGGCACGGCAGGCGAGAACAGCGCCCUCUCCUUCGAGAAAUUCCCUCACACUUCGCUCUCCAAGGUCUACUGCGCGGACCGCCUGGUGCCCGACUCCGCGUGCUCGGGCACGGCCAUCCAGUGCGGCGUCAAGAACAACUACUAUACGCUGGGAGUCUCGGCGCACGUCACACUCAACAACUGCAGCGAGUCCUCCAAUCCGCGCCAUCACCUCAAGUGUCUCUACGAGCUCGCACAGGAAUGCGACAAGACCACGGGAUUCGUGACCACAGCCGGCGUGACGGACGCCACGGUGGCCGCGGGCUACGCGCACUCGGCGCACCGUGAGUGGGAGAGCAGCGUGGGCGUCAAGGGCGGGAGCCAAAAUUGCCUCGACAUAGCGCACCAGUUGGUGCACCGGCCUCCAGGACUGCACUUGCGGUUCAUUGCUGGCGGCGGGCGCGCACACUUCCUCGUGCCCGAAGAGGCCCAGCAGACUGGCCAGCCGGGAAAGCGCCCGGACAGCCGGAACCUGAUCGAGGAGUGGACCAACCUCAAGCAGUCGGACCGGAUGAACGCAUACGUGUGCAACACGAAGAAGGACGUCGAGAACCUGGAUACUGCGACGGCGGAUACCGUCCUAGCAUUGCUGGCCAGCGGUGACCUCCCGUACGAGAAUCUGGACGACAUUCGAGAGGGCACCAGCCUUUUGACCAAACUCACCGAAAAGGCGAUCCAAAUUCUGAGCAAAAAUCCCGACGGCUUCCUGCUACUCGUCGAAGCGGGCCAAAUCGACAAGGGUCACCACGAGGCAAAGGCACACCGGUCGCUGACCGAGGUUCUCUCGCUGGACCUAGCCGUUGCCAAGGCGGUCGAGAUGACGCGGCCCGAAGAGACGCUCAUCAUCGUCACCGCCGACCACGGACACACGUUCGUCAUGGGCGGAAAGCCGCACCGAGGAGCGAACGUCUUCGGUCUCGACGAAAAGCCGCAUCAGAGGACCCUGCUUAACUACGCUGCCGGUCCGGGAUUCCAGCGGGACUACUCAAACCUUACUUUGGAGGAGACAACCCGCAAGGACUUCGCCUUUCCGUCCCUGUACCCGGAGAAGGCGGGCACGCACAGCGGCGAGGACGUGGCCGUGUUCGCCUACGGACCAUACGCGCACCUCUUCAGCGGGGUGCACGAGCAGACCUACAUCUACGAGGUCAUCAGGUACGCCGCGGGUCUGGACGAAUCGAGUUACCGUGCGAGGCGCCAGUCCCUAUUGGCAGCUCUCGCUGCGUGGAUCCCGGGUCCCGUCAAAUACGCCCUCGCGCUCGCUGUUAUCUUUUACCUGCACAUGUUCAUCAAGACUUUCCUAUAA